AAAUAUAUUUACACACCUCUUCAACUUUCUCAUAAUAAUUCUUCAAUUUCUAAUCAAUUUUUUUUUUUUAAAAAAAUGGUGCGUUUGAGUAACAACUUAGUAGGAAUUGUUAACAUAAUAACAUUUAUUAUUUCAAUUCCAAUUAUAGGUGGAGGAAUUUGGUUAUCAAAACAAGCAAAUACAGAAUGUGAAAGAUUUCUUGAAAAACCAAUUAUAGCACUUGGAAUUUUUGUUAUGUUAAUUUCAUUAGCUGGUUUAAUUGGUUCAUGUUGUAGAGUUUCAUGUUUUUUAUGGAUUUAUCUUGUUAUUAUGUUUUUAUUAAUUAUUUUAAUUUUUUGUUUUACAAUUUUUGCAUUUGUUGUUACUAAUAAAGGGGCUGGUCAAGUUUUAUCUGGUAGAGGGUAUAAAGAAUAUAGGCUUGGUGAUUAUUCUAAUUGGUUACAAAAAAGAGUUAAUAAUCAUUGGGGUAAAAUUGAGAGUUGUUUGCAGGAUAGUAAAAUAUGCAAAACAUUGAUGGAUGAUGGGGAUAAUAAAGUUGAAGAUUUUUACAAAAAACAUCUAUCUGCUCUUCAGUCUGGUUGCUGCAAACCAUCAAAUGACUGCAACUUCACCUACGUGAGCACGACUAACUGGACCAAGAGUUCAACCUCAUCCUUCACCAAUCCUGACUGUAACCUAUGGAGCAACGAUCCGAAUGUGUUGUGUUACACCUGUGAAUCCUGCAAAGCCGGGCUGUUAGACAAUAUCAAGAGUGACUGGAAAAGGGUGGCUAUACUCAAUAUCAUAUUCCUUGUUUUCCUCAUUCUUGUUUACUCUGUUGGAUGUUGUGCUUUUAGAAACAAUAGGCGUCAUGAUUCAUAUAAGCGUUAUCCUUAAGAGUAUAUACUGUCCUUUUGAUCAGUU